AUGCUGUCCAAACUCCUCACCCCCCUCCUCCUCACGUCCUUCUCCCUCACUCCCGUCCACGCAUCCCUCACCAUCGCCGCGAACCUCGCCGUCAUCGAAUACACGCCCAUGAAAAUCGCCCUCGAAGACUUCUACCCCACCCCCCCGAACAUCACCAUCAUAAACGGCGGCGUCCCGAACCUCUUCUCCGCCAACACCACCACCCUCACCGACCUCGCCUCCAACGCCGAAACGCAAGCCCUCCGCUCCUACCCCUCACACCGCAACCUCCGCACCAUCUACACCAUCUCCGAAGUCGCCUACCGCCUCGUCACCUCCUCCCCCUCCUCCCUCCACCCGCGCCUCGAAUCCCUCAAAGGCAAACGCAUCGGCACCAUCCCCGCCACCUCCGCCGGCUACUUCGUCGAAGCCCUCCUCGACAACGCGGGCGUCUCCCCGUCCUCCUACACCGUCGUCUCCGGCGCCCAUUGUCUCGCAGCGCCCUGCGCUAACGACACGCUCCCCGCGAUGCUGGCGUCCGGCCGCGUCGACGCCGUCGCCCUGUGGGAGCCUACCGUCGAGUUGGCGGCGCGGGCGCUCCGCGCGGCGAACAACAACGGGACUGGCGUGGUGUUUUUCCAGGACGAGGGGGUGUACAGGGAGAUUUACAGCCUGUACAGCACGGCGGAGACGCUGGCGGAUCCGGUGAAGAGGGGGGAGGUUGUGAGGUUUGUGGGGGCGUUGGAUAGGGCGGUGCGGGUGUUUGAGGGGGAGAUGGAGAGGGUUGUGGGCAGGGUGGCGAGAGCGGUGGUGCCGGCGGUGGAGGAGGGGCUGUUGAGGGAUGUUUGGGGGGUGCAUGGGUGGAAGGGGGGGUUGCCGGCGGAUCUGCUGGAUGUGCUGGUUAGGGAGGAUGCGUAUGUUGCGAGGGUUGAGGGGAGGGAGAGGUUGACGAGGAGGGAGUUGGAGGCGUUGGUGGAUCGGAGUGUGCUGAGGGAGGUGAGGGGGGAGGAUGGAGAGGAGGAGGAGGAGGAGGAGAGGUGA